AUGGAAAAAUAUAGCAAGGUGAUUAAAAAAAAUGAAGGACUUCUGAAUUCUUCUUCUGUGGAGGGAAUACAUUACAAUAAAUUUUCAUCAGAUGAUAGUGUAUAUAUAAAAAGGAACAAUUUAGAUAAGAUGCAUUAUGCAUAUAAUAAAGAUAAUAAUAAUAAUAAUAAUGAUAAUAAUAGAAAUAUUGUUAGAAAGGGUUUUAUGCCUAUUGAAACAUAUGAAGAUAUAAAAGAAGAUACAAAUAGUAAUAAUCAUAAUAAUAAUAAUUAUAAUAAUAAUUAUCAUAAUAAUUAUCAUAAUAAUAAUUAUUAUGGUCGUCAUCAUCAUAAUAAUAUACUUAAAAAUUAUAAAUAUGAUAACUACAAUAAAAAUGGUUUUAAAAAAUAUGAUGAUUUAAAUAAAUAUUAUUUUUUAAUACCAAACAAUAAGAACAAUGCACAUAUAGAUGAAUAUCCUAAUUAUCGUGUUAGUAAUAAAUUAAAAGGUACAAAUAUAAAUAAUCAUUUGAAUGAUCCACAUAUAUUUAAAACAUCAGAAUAUAAUUAUAAAAACCUAAUAGAUAAAGACACAUCUUAUCAUAUGUAUCCAAUGCAUAAUAAUAUACCUUAUAUCCAUAAUAUGAAAAGUACUCAUACAAUAAAAAGUAAAAAUUGUGAUUUGAAUAAUAUCUCACAAAAUUUGUAUGUUUCUUCUAACCCUUAUAUUUCUUUAGACUCAUAUGAUAAUAUUAUAUAUUCUCCUAAAAUAGGAAACUAUCCAAUUCAUUUAAAUGAAAAUAUUUUUAUUACUUCAAGAGAUAUGAAUUCCUCUUCAAGACAAAUAUACAAAUAUAUAAAUAAUAAUAAUGUUCUUAAUAAUAAUAUGGAUAGUCACAUGAAUAAAAUGAAUGAACACAUCCAUACUAAGGAAACAAAAAAUUACACAUUACAGGAAUGUCCUCAUUAUAUAUACGAAUCUAAUGUUGAUAUUGAAAAGGACUAUUAUAUAAACGAUAAUAAUAUUUGUGGGGGCGCUAAGAAAAAAAUUAUAUCAUAUCAUCUGGAAGAAAAGAACCACAAAAUGGAUGAUAGUAAGGGUACCAUGAAAAGAAACAUUAAUAAUGUCAACUAUGUUAAAAUUAAUCAUAAGGUAAAUGAUGAUAAUAAAAAGGUAAAUUAUGAUGAUGAUAAUAAAAAGGUAAAUUAUGAUGAUAAUAAAAAGGUAAAUUAUGAUGAUAAUAAAAAGGUAAAUGAUAAUGAUGAUAAUAAAAAGGUAAAUGAUAAUGAUGAUAAUAAAAAGGUAAAUGAUGAUGAUAAUAAUAAAAAGGUAAAUGAUAAUGAUGAUAAUAAUAAUAUAUCAAAAGAUAUAAUAUAUGAUGAAAAGAAUAAUUUUAUGAAAUGGAUGUCACAUAACAAACUAAUGAAGAAUAUUAUAUCAUCAUAUAAUGAAGAUGUAAAUAUAGAGAAUCAUGGUUUAUUCAAUUUAUUAUUUGAUAUAUAUGGAUUUAAUAAAGAUAUCUUCAAAGAAUAUUUAGUACAUAAUAAGGAAGAGACAAUAAAAGAUGUUAUAAAAAAUAUACUUAAUGAAUUAUCAAAUGAAAAAAAUAAUAAAAUAUCAGAAAAACUAAUUUUUUUAAAAUAUUUAUUUAAUGAAUAUGGUCAUACAGAAUAUCCAAAUUUAAUAUCUUUAAAAAAUUUUAAAUUAAUUUUUAAAAAUUAUAAAAAUAUAUUUUCUUCAGAUAAAAUUGUACUAUUUAUAUUUAAUUGUUUAGAUAGAGGAAAAAGAUAUCAUAUCACACAAACAGAUUUUAUUAUUGGUAUGCUUGCUUGUAGUCCUCAAAUUAAUAAUGAUAUUUCGGAUGAUACCGGGAAAUUACGUCAUCAAUUAAUUUUUAGAGCAUAUGAUUUAGAUAGAGAUGGAUAUCUUAAUGAUAAUGAAUUUCUUGUUUUCUUAUAUCAUAUUUAUGAACUAUCACAAAAUUUACAAUAUUCAAAAUUAAAAAAUGAUAAAAAAAAAUUGAAAGAAUUUGUUAUACAGGAAAAAAAUAAAAUUAUGAAAGAUAAAAAAAAAAAAAUAAGUUAUGAUAUAUUUUAUCAUCUAGUUCUUACUAAACAAAUUCAAGGCACUACAAAUUUGCUCAGAUCUAAUUAUGAUGUAUCUUCAGUUGUCAAGAAAUAUUUUCUAUACACUUAUGCUAAAAAUUUUAUAACCGAUACGUAUAUAAAUAUGGAUACUUCUUUUUUUAUAACCACAAAAAAAUAUAUUAAAAAUGAGCACUUGAAAACACAAAAUUUCCCAAAUCAUGAAAAUGAGGUACAUAUUAUACAUAAUGAUGAAGUCAUAUGUAAUCAAGAGGACCAUCAAAAAGCUAAUUACGUGACAAACCAGUAUGAUAACCUAGCUCAAGAAAAAAAAGAAACACAUUCUGAAGAUCAUUUUCAUGAUAGUAUAUCAAAUAAUAAUAGUUACGCUGAUGUUAAUGCAUGCAUCGGGGAAAUGUAUGUUGCAUGCGAUGAGAGUGAACAGAAUGUAGAAGAACACCCAUAUGAGUGUGUACGUGAAAUGGUUCAUUCGGAAGGUGAAGAAGCAGAAAAGUGUCUAGAGGUAAAGCAGGAGAUAAAAGGAGACAUGGAUUUCAUACAAAGUGGUGAUGCAGCAAGGGGGGGUGUAGAAUGUGUAGAUGUAGAAUGUGUAGAUGUAGAAUGCGCAGAUGUAGAAUGUGUAGAUGUAGAAUGCGCAGAUGUAGAAUGUGUAGAUGUAGAAUGUGCAGAUGUAGAAGGUGCAGAUGUAGAAGGUGCAGAUGUAGAAGGCGCGGAUGAACAAAGUAAUAAUCAUAUACCUAUAAAGGACAAAAUAAAUAAUGAAGAUGUUUUUUUUGAUAAUAACAAUGAUAAGGAACAUAUAAGAAGUAAUUCAUCAAAUGAGGAAUCCUUUACCAACCAAUUAAAGGAUGAGAUAAAUAGCUCCAAUGAAAAAGAUGAUGAGGAAAAAGAAGAUAGUUUAAAAAAAACUGAGAAGUUAAAUGAAGAACAUAUAGAAAAAGAUGGAAAUAAUAUAUCAUACUUUUUAGAUAAUAAUAAUAUUGUGAAUUGCAAUGGUGUGGAUAUACAAAACAAUAUUUCAGAAAGAAAUAUAAUAUAUAAUGUGAAUGACAAUUUAUAUGAUAAUGUUGCCAAAGAUAGAUAUAAUUAUUUUGAAUAUGAUAAGAAACCUAUAAAUAAUGAAGAAGAUAUGAAUAAAAAUAACAAUAAUGAUAAUAUCAAUUGUAAUACAAAUGUAUCAUAUACCAAUAUUAAUAAAUUUGUUACUAAUAAUAAAGAAUAUUUUAUUAAUAAUAAAAAUAAUGAAAAUGAUAAAAAAAUGUUCCCUUCAUAUAAAGAACAAAAAAAUUCAACAAAUAUGAAUAAAAGUUUACCUCAUUUUGGUAAAAAAGAAGAUGAUAUACAAGAUAAUGUGAUUAAUAAAGAAUUACAUAUAGAACAUAUAAUAGAAGAUAAAAUUGAGAGAAUUAAAAAAUUAGUUAAAAUAUAUCGAGAAAAAUAUAUUACAGAUCAUAGAUUAAAUACAUUAAAUCAAGAUAUAGCAUUCAAAAUAUUUACUAUGUUUUAUAAAGUAUCUUAUGGAAAAAAGAAACAUACAUAUACAUCUUUUUUUGAAAAGUUCCAAAUAUGUACAUACAAUGAUAUUCUUCUUUUAUGUGAUGAGGUUGCAAAAUUAUUUAAAAUGGAAAACUCAUUAGAAAACGUUACAUUACCUUGUAAAGUUUUUGGUGAUGUACAUGGAAAUUUAUAUGAUCUUUUGGACUUCUUUAAUUUAUAUAAUUGGCCUAUGCAUAAUAAUAAGAAUUUAUUACUUACUGAAACCGAUUUAAGAAAAUUUGAAUAUAUCCAUAAUGAUAAAGAUAUACAUAUAGAUAAAAAUAAAGAUAUGCAAUAUAAUGAUAAUGACAUUAAAUAUGUAUUUUUAGGAAAUUUAAUAAAUAGAGGAAAUUAUUCUUUAGAAGUUAUUUGUUUGUUAUUCAGUUUAAAAAUUUUAUUUCCAAAACAUAUUUAUCUUUUAAGAGGAAAUCAUGAAGAUAGAUUAUUUAAUUAUAUUUAUGGUUUUUAUAAAGAUAUCGAAAUCAAAAUGAAAACAAAUAUGGAAUAUAUGGGAAUUAUAAAUUAUCAAGAACAAGUUAUUUCUGCUCAUUCAUAUGAACUAUUCAACAGAAUAAAUGAUGUUUUUGAAUUUUUCCCAUUAUGUGUUUUAUUAGAUAAAAAUAUUCUAUGUAUACAUGGUGGUAUAGGUGAUAGUGUUAUGACCAUUUCAGAUUAUCAACAUAUACAUAAACCUAUUUUAAUUCCACAAAAUGUAGAUAGAUAUAGUAAUAAUAAAAGUGAACAUGUCAAAAAAAUUAUUAUAGACACUUUGUGGUCGGAUCCUAUUAAUUAUAAUGAUGAACUAGAUUUACAAUUAUUAAAAAAUUCAUCUACUUAUGAUAUAAUCCCAUCUAGAAGAGGAAAUAUCACAUUCAAAUUUGGAAAACAUAGACUUAAUGAUUUCUUAAAAAAUAACCAACUCAAACUAAUUAUAAGAGGACAUGAAUGUGUUCAAGAAGGAUAUAAAUAUUCUUACAAAAGAAAAUUGCUAACCCUCUUUUCAGCUAAAAAUUAUUGUAACAAAUAUAAUAAUAAUGCAUCCAAUGCAUUCAUUGUGAGAAAAAAUAAAAAUAUUAUUAUCUUUAACCAAAUAUUGAAAUGUCAACACAAUUGUAAUACACUUAUAAACAAUGAAAAUAAACAACUCACCAUAAAUCAGCUACAAAAAAAUAACUUUUCUAAUGAUAAAUCGAAUGAUAAGAAAACCUCUCCAUUUUUUAACAAUAGACAUCUGACAAAGAAAACAUUUGUAUCUCAUGGAUAUUUGUCAAAAUGUGAUGAAGAACUGAAGAAUGAUCAAUUGAACAACCAUUCUUCUACGAAAAAUUGUUCAGGUAAUAAUAAAAAUUUUAACAAGGAUGUGGAUAAAAGUUAUAUGAACGGUUCAGGUGAUAAUAAAAAUUUUAACAAGGAUGUGGAUAAAAGUUAUAUGAACGGUUCAGGUGAUAAUAAAAAUUUUAACAAGGAUGUGGAUAAAAGUUAUAUGAACGGUUCAGGUAAUAAUAAAGAGGAUCUUAAUAAUAGUAGCAGUGUGCCGACGACUAACAUUAAUGAGCUUAAUAAAAAUGGUGCAUUAAGUAUUUGCGAAAAUGAAGUAUUGAUGAAUAAUAAAUAUGGGGUGGGUUCAAAUAUAAGUGAACAAAGUAGAAACAGUACUGAAAAUGUGGCUAGUAAUAAUGAUAUGGAUAUAAAUACAGUAAACCAAAUAAGUAAAAGUAUAAUAAAAAAAAAGUGGAGAGACACAAGAACGAAUCAAAAUUUGAAUUCGAAUAAAAUGAAUAGGAAUAAUAAUUCACAAUUGAUUAAUGAUAUGGGAUCUGUUAAUAUGUGUAAGGAAGUUGAAUAUGAAGAAGCUGAUAAGAUAGAAAAGGAGGUACAAAGGGAGGAACAGAACGAUAUACAAAAUAAUGUACAAAUCAAUUUACAGAAUGAUGUACUAAAACAAGUUGAGAACAUAAAUGGUGAAAUAUCGAAUGAUAAUAUGCACAAUAAAACUGAUGUACAUUAUAUUUCUAUGAAUGAGAUAAAUAGUGAUAAAAUAAAAAGUAGUCAUAUUAAUGAUAAUGUAUAUGAUAAGAAUGAAUCAUCAACAUUUUCUUUUGAACAUAAGGAAACAUAUGAUGAAAAAGGAGAUAAUGAAAAAGAACAAAGAAACUUGGAAAGAGCAGAUUCUGAAAAAAAGAAUAUUGUAAAUGAUGAUUAUGAUUUUUAUAGUUAUGAUGAAAUAUAUAUUAAUAGUUUAAUAAAUAGUAAAAUAUGGGAGAAAAAUGAUGAUGAUUAUAAAAUAAUAGAAAGGAAAGAUACAAAUGAUGAGUUAUAUAAAAUUGAAGAUGAAUUACAGAAACAAGUUAAUAUACAUAAUGUUAUAAAUGAAUUUUUUAAUAAUGAAGAAAUUUAUCAAGAAAAAACAGAUAGUAAUUAUAACAUGUCAAAUGAAAAUGAGAGUAUAUCAGGAGAUAAUGAAAAUUCAAAAAAAAAUUAUUAUUCAAAAUUAUUAAAAAUUAAUGAAAUGUAUACUAAUAAACAUAAUGAUGGUGAAAAAAUAGAUGAGCAAAUGAGUGAUAUAAAUUCUGUAGACUUAAUAAAUGAAUUUACAUCAAAGUCAUUGGAUUUUAUGAUGCCACCUAAUUUAGGUUUAGGAAACAGAACGCAAUUAAAAAAGGAUAUGAGUACAAAGGAAAAUAACAAGGAUCAAAGGAAUAAUGUUACUACCUUGAAAUCAUUAAGAGGGGAUAAUAAUAUAAAGGAUUCAUCAAAUAAGAUGCAGAUGCAGUGCUUGCCACCUGACCCAAAACCGCAAACAAAAAUUACCUUUCAAAAAAGUUUAGAGAAAAUUAAUGAUUCGUAG